CCUAACAAUACUGAGGCUCCCGCGGCUUCGCUUCCGCUAAAUUACGUCAGUUUUACUACUUAUACUCACUACUUUCAUGGAUUUCAAUCAAUUGCAUUUUGUCUGUCAAGUGUGCGACUCUAAUAAGAUUUGCUUAUGUUACGAAUCUUUGUUUUCCUAAUUAUUAUUACACUAUUCAGGCGUACAGACACAUGUACCCUACACUACCACAAGUCUUUAUAAUAACUACUGUCAAAGAAACAAGUAAGACAUCAAAAAAUUAUGCAAAACCACUAGAAAUAAAAACCAUUCUAUGAAUAUUAAAGCACAGGUUUACUAUGGUAUUAAAUUGGUAUCAUCUGCUUUCAAGAUAGAUUCUUGAUUUAGAUUUUUUAUUUUUUUUUAAAGAAUGGUCAUUUUUUGUGCGUCACAUAACGCCUUCCUUAUAGUGCCAGAUGCGGUGCAACGCGGAGACCAACUUCAGGUGCCGUGGCUUCUCGCUGCGGCCGCCGGAGCCUGGGCGGGGCGCGGCCUGGCUGUGCGUGCUGCACGGCGACGACACCAUCAGCGCGGGGCCCAGCGCGCUGUACCCGCUGCCGGGCGCGCUGUACGCCGAGCGCGCCGCGUGCAUCGACCUGCGCGUGUCCUGCAGCCGGCGGCUCAUGACGGUCACGCUGCAGUCGGCGGGGCCCUUCCAGGGCCGCCUGUUCGUCAUGGGGCGGUCGGACUUCUGCGGCGCCGAGGGCCGCGGCUCCACCUCCACGUCGCUGACCCUGCCGUUGGACCCGGACCCGCCCCGACUACCCGGCCCCGGCGUCAACGACCGCUGCGGGCUGCGCCUGGCCAGAGCCUUCGGGGACACCAACCGCACCCUGGUGUCGGCCAUCGUGGUGGUGCAGCGGAACCCCAUCAUCCAGACGAGGGGCGACCGCGCCGUGCGGGUGGGCUGCAUCCUGGCGGGCGAGGAGAGCCCCCCGCAGAACCUGACCCUGGGCGCGUCCAUCGCCGUCGCCAGCCCCGAGGUGGACAACAACGGCACGGCCAUCCUGAACGUGUCUUCGUCGGCGCCCACGGUGCGCCUGCGCAUCACGGACCUGUCGGGCCAGGACCAGCCGCUGCACGAGACGCAGCUGGGGGACACGCUGCAGCUGCGCAUCGACGUGACGCCAGACACGAGCCCGUGGGGGGUGCGCGCCACGCACCUGGUGGCUAGCUCCGCCGACGGCCAGGACUCGUACCUUCUGCUGGACUCGCGGGGCUGCCCGCCCGACCCGCACACCUUCCCCGGCCUCCGGCCCGUGGAGCCCGGCGCUCGCUCGCUGGCCGCCACCUUCAGAGCCUUCAAGUUCCCCUCGUCCGCCCUCGUCCGGUUCGGGCUCAAGGUGCACUUUUGCCGCGGCGGCUGCGCGCCCGUCAACUGCGGCGCGGGGAUCGCGUCCUCGGGACGGCGCCGACGUGCCGGGUCCACGUCCACCUCCUCGCCCAGCACCGCAGCUGUACCCGAGGACAUCGACUACCCCAUGCAGCUGGCCAUCGUGGUGCACACGCCCAAAGUGCUGGCCGCCAACGCGGGUGCCGCGGCGAGCGGUAUCAUCACCAUUGACUCGGUGAGCCAAUACGACGGGCGCGUCGAGGACAUGGUGUGCAUGACCGGCGGCACCCUCGUGGCGCUCGCCGCCGGCGCCCUGCUCCUACAAGCCGUCAUUCUGGUGGUGUGCUGCGUGGGCGCGCGUCGGCACAUCGCCAGCCACGACAAGCUGCUCCAGAUGCAGGCCUACACCAACCCAGCGUGGUCGGCUGCCACCCCGGAGGACCGGCGAGUCACAUGGGCUGACCAGUGACAUUUGGUGAGCGCAGUCCUUACCAGUCCUGCACGCUGUUGAACGACUCCUCAUUGGUGAUGUCGUACAUGAGGAUGAAGCCCAUGGCGCCUCUGUAGUACGCCGUGGUGAUGGUGCGGUAGCGUUCCUGCCCAGCGGUAUCCUGUGUGCCACAUCAGACUAGUGUCACUGCCUUUGUACAUAAAGGAACUAAGCGUCCUCUUAGGUUAAGGAAAACAAAGUUACCCGCCAUACUAACUUAAUAAAACUAGGUUUAAUGCAGAGGAUAUUUUAAAUGCCAAUUGGUAAUAAAAACCAAAGACGAAACAAAACAA